ACACACUGAGGUGGGUCUUUAGCGUCCUCCUGCACCCUCUCCCACCCUGUUUUCUCUCAGCAUUCUUAUAAAUCAGGAUUGCGAUGAGGUUAGCUGUGCUUUGCAUCUGCGGGACCCUGCUGGCCUUCUCCAAGUCUCCUGGGGUCUAUGCAAACCCCCGUGAGGGAAUCUUCCAGUGGGGUACAGAGUCUGCAAGCUGCCAGGUAACUCUAAAGCCUGCUGGGAAAUGUGGAGGAGAGGGAAUGGAUGAGAAUGUAUGCCCCUACCAAGUUAUAAUGCCACCACUGGACAUCAUGAUGCCCCGGCAGCUCUGGGAGUUGGAGAGGACAGUGAAAGAGCUACAGCGGCUAAAGGAGACUGUGGAGCAGCUGAAGAGAGCAUGCAUGGAGUGCAAAAUGAGUCAGAGGGGGACGAAGAGAGAGAGGCUGGAGGACAGAGAAAGGGAGAAGAAGAAAGAAGACAAAGAGAUGAUUUUGGGACCUGGAGACAGAGAGACGGAGAAAGAAGAGAAGGUGAGAUUGGGAUUGGGAGACAAAGAGAAGGAGAAAGUUGGGGAUGAGACAGAGAGGCAUGGUGACAGAGACCAAAAUAUGCAAAUAGAGACAGACGGCAAGAAAGCAAGAGACAGGGAGAGAAAAAUUGAGCAAGUGAGAGAGGUAGUAGGGGAGAGGGCCAAGGAGAAGGAGAUUAAUAUUGUAGAGGAGAGAAAGAGAGAAGAGGAGAAAGAAAUUGAGAGGGAAAAGAAGAGCGAUAGAGGGGGAAACAGGGAAUGGGAGAAAGAAAGGGAGAGUAAAAUAGAGGAAAUGGAGGAAAGGGAGGCAAAGAUGGAGAAAGAAAUCAUUUUAGAAGAAGAAAGAAGGAGAAAAGACGAGACCGAGAAAGACAGGAGAAGUGAAAAUGAAAAAGAGAGAUUAUGGGUAGGAGAAGUGCAAACAGAGAAGGAGAGUCAGGGGGAUAAGGUAAGGAAAAAGGAGAUGGAGAGGGAGAACAAAUGGAAAGAGGCAAGAGCAAUAGAGGAGAAAAGAGUUAGGGGACAUAGGGAACAGAUCCAGGAGAAGGGAGAACGUCCGGUGGAGACAGGGAAGGAAAGGGAAGGGAAAAGUGAGAAAGUGAAGGGGAGCAAGAGGCAACAUCCACACCAAAUGAAGAACGAAAAUAUAAGGAAGAAAGAUAUCCAGGGAGAAAGAGAAUGGCAGAAAAAGAAACAAACACCAAGCUAUGAACAUGGAAUAGAAAAUCAAAAAGAAUAUCAGAUUGACGAGACAGGGAAGAAGAACGAGGAAGAGGUAGAUAAAUCAAUCAAAAGUGUGCAGAGAGACAGCAUUGGGACUGUGGUGACAAAUGGGUCAAGUGAUGAUCAGAACAUGACCUCGCCUAGCCCAGACUCUGGUUAUACGCAGUACUCAAUGCCUAGACCCGACUCUUCAGGACCAGACCAAACAUCCACCAACCCUAGCCCAUUAUCUAGAACAUACAACAGCACUAGAUAUGAUCCAAGUCAGAAUGAUAGCCAAAUAACCAGUAGCUCGUUAAAAUUGACAUUAAGCGCUAGCCCAAGAACUCAACCUACCAAGAAGCCCAGCUGGAGCUUUAAACCUAAACCUGAAAGAAAAUCUAAACCAGACCAAACACUUAUUCCUGGUCUAAGACCUCAGCCUAGACCAAAACCAAAGGCGGUUCCUAAGCCCACAUCAUAUAGCCCAAUCAAGUCCUUCAGCUUUAACCCUGAAACCACAACCAGAACUGGUAUAACUUUAUCCAGUACCAGCUGCCUCAACCCGGGAGUAAGCUUUUCAAGCUCCAGUUUAAAGACCAAUAAGAUAAAUACACAAAGCAGCACCACACCAGGCACAUCUACCAGCCCAGGUUACAGGACCACUAGUUCCAGACAUGGGGCCAGCAGCAGGAGUGUCAGUAGCCCAACUCCAGGACCUAAAACCACCACUAGAUCUAUACCAAGGACAACCAGUCCAAGUUCCAGAACAGGGUUGGAGUGGACCCUCAGACCUGGCCUAAAGCUAAAACCAGGUGGUAGACCUUUUCCAGGACCAAAACCUAGACGUAGACCAGGACCAAAACCUAUCCUAAAGCUAAGACCACCUAGCCCAACCAGCUCUUCCAGCCCCAUCGCAAAGACCUCUCCUACACGUGGCUCAACUCCAGACACCAUCACAAGCCUUGGUCAAAUGACCAUCAGUCUAGGGUCUUUUACAACAAGCUUCCAACCAGAGAUUAUUAAUACAAACCCAAGUCCAGACAGCGGGAACAGCAUUACACCAAUCAACACUCCAGAAUCCACCGCUAUCGAUAGACCAAAAACCACCCAUUCAAGCUUCCUGACCAGCACAUCUAGUUCAACUCCAACAAUAACAAUUACCACUAGCUCCACCCUAAGCUCAAGCAACAUUGGCUAUAACUCCAGAUCCCCCAGUAUGAGUUCCGGCCCAGAGAUAAAAUAUGACCAACAUUACGAUCCCAACACAAUGACUACUACACCCAGGAUUAAGUCUAGACCUGGCCUUCAGCCCAGAACUGACCUACACCUCAAACCUGGCCUAAAUGGAAAACCUGAACUGAAGCCCAAACCAGGCCCAAAGCAUAUUUCAGGCCUGAGACCUAAACCAGGAUUAAAAUCAAUACCUUACCCAAAGCCCAGAUCAUCCAGCUCAACUAACAUCAACAGAAAAAGCACUUACUUCACCAGCACAAUUUUAACCACCACCACUAGCCCCAGCCCUGGGAUCACAAGUCAUACUUUACAGACACUGAAAACCAGUACCAUCAUCAGUAACACACCAGUCCACGCUUCCGACGCCACCACAGAGAUUACUAACCAAAUCUACAGGAACAACAGUUCCAGCCCUGGGGCCAGCAUCAGCAGUAGAAGUAGCCUAACUCCAGGAACUAGUCCAAGCUCCAGAAUUGGGUCCUACCGGACUCCCAGACCUGGUUCAAAGUUAAAGCCAGGUGCUAGGCCUUUUCAUGGUCAAAGACCAAAACCUGGAUCAAGACAAAGACCUGUCCUAAAGCCAAGACCACCUAAACAAAGGUAUUCUUCCAGCUCCAUCCCAAAGACAAUGCCCACACUUGGCUUAACUCCAGACACUACCACAAACCCCAGUCAAAAGACCAUCAGUCCAGGGUCUUUUACAACAAGCUCCAAACCAGAAAUUAGUAAUAGAAGCUCAAGUCCCGGCAGCCAUGAUAGCAUUACACCAAUCAACUCUCUAGAAUCUACCGCUAUCUCUAGACCUAAAAACAUCAGUUCAAGUGUCCUGACCUGGUCUUCUACUCCAAGUUCAACUCCAGCAAAAACAAUUACCACUAGCAUCAGCCCAAGGACCAACUUAAUUAGCUAUAGCUCAAGGUCACCCAGUACGGGUUUUAGCCCAGAGAUAAAAUCUGACCAACAUCAUGAGCCCAACGCAAUGAAUACCACACCUAGGAAUAAGUCUAGACCUGGCCUGCAGCCCUCACCUGAUCUACAGCCCAAACCUGGCCUAAAGGAUAAACCCAAACUAAAGCCUAAACCAGGCUCAAAGUCUUUGUCAGGCCUGAGGCCUAAACUGAGACCACCCAGACCAGCCACCAUCAACCUAAAAAACAUGUUCAUAACAAGUCCAACCACCACCACUAGCCUCAGCCAUAGGAUCUCAAGCCACAGUCUACAGACAUUGAGAACUAGUGCCAUCCUUAGUAACAACACACCGGUCCAUGCUCCAGACAUCAGCACAGAGAUUACUAACCAAAGCUACAGGAAAAGCAGUUCCAGCCCUGGGGCCAGCAUUAACAUUAGCCCAACCCCAGGAACUAUAACCACUGAUAGACCUAGGUCAAAGAUCACCAGUCCAAGCUCCAGAAUUGGUUCCUGGUGGACUCCUAGACCUGGCUUGAAGCCCAAACCAGACACAAGGCCUUUUCCAGGACUUACACAUGGACGAAAGCUUAAACCUGCCGAAAAGCACAGACCACUCAAUCCAACAAGUUUCUCCAGACCUGUCCCAGACACAACUCCCAGACCUAGCUCAAUUCCAGACACCAUCAAUAGCCUCAGCCCAAAGACCACCCAUCCGAGUUCUGAGACUAAAGGCUCCAACCAUGGUAUCAGCUUUACAACCCCCAGUUCAGGCAGCAUAAGUGGAACUACAUCCGGGGUCACCAAUUCAAGAACUCGGAAAGGCUCUUCCAGCUCACGCAGUAUUACACAAAGCCAAACCCCUGGAAUCAAAACCAUCACUAGCCACAACUCAAGGACCAUUAGUACCAGAAUUAGUCCUGAGACGAAAUAUGCCGAAUAUCAUGAAUCCAGAUCAACCACACCCAGACUUAGUAUUAAGCCCAAACCUGGAAUAAAUCCCUUAUCAGACCAACACUUUCCAAGUGAAAGACCUAAAUCAAGACCAACAUUUAAACCUGUCCUAAAACCUACACAACCCAGCCCAAUUAAUUCCUCAAGCUCAGAACAAAAGAGCUCAUCAAGAAGUGGUUCAACAUUCACCACCAUCACAAGCCAUGGCCCUGAGGAGAGAACAAACAUUAGUCAAAUCUGGCCAACUACAACCAUCACUAGCUCUAGCCUAAGGACUACUAGUCCAAUUAUCAAAUGUAUCUCCUGCACCACUAGCCCCAACUCAAAAACUGACUUUACUACACUCAGCCCACUGAGCCUCAAUGCUGGUUUCAGCCCAGUGACAAAUGACUUAAAUCGCAGACCCAGUCAAAACUUCACCAAGUCCCCAUGGAUCUCCAAACCCAGCACCAAAUCAAAAUCUGGGAAACAGCCCAUGCCAGGCCUAAAGCCCAGAACCAGCCUAAACCCUAAAUACCAUACUAGCUCUGAAACUGGACCUAAGCCCAAAAUAAGCCCAAGGCCUAUUCCAGGCCUAGAACAAAAGACUGGCCUGAUGCCUGUUCCAAAACCCUGGCGCACAACCACCACCCAAGGUCCAAGGACCACUUCUAGCUGGAAUACAAGCCCUGAGAUAAUGUCUACAAUUAUCUCCAGUCAAGAAUUAGCUACUAGCCGCAAAAGUACCUCUACUAGUCCUAUUCCAUUGGCCAACUCUAACCAUAUCCCUACUACCAUCAACUCUGACUUCCCUAUGCCAAGCCCGAUACCAGAGUCUUCAACCCCCAGUGUGAGAGAACUGCGUGUGAAGACUAGCCAGGUAUCUGCUAGUCUGAAUGAAAUAAAGGACACAAGUGGAGAGCCAAAGGUUUCCCAAAGAGGGAUUCCAAACGUCCAUCCUGGAUUAAAUAAACUCAGAGAGAAGAAUCAGAGAGGCAGCAUAACUGAAAGGAAUAGAUACCAGCCUCAAAGCACAGCAAAGGCAUUACCAGAAGUUCCCAUUGCACCUAAAGACUGCUCUGACCAUAUGCUGAGGGGGGAGAGGAAAAGUGGGGUCUACCAUGUGACCCCUGAUUCAAAAAACAGAACCUUCACAGUAUUCUGUGACAUGGAGUCCCUUGGUGGAGGGUGGACCAUCAUUCAGCUCCGUCAGGACGGCAGUGUGAACUUCAACCGGACCUGGGAUGAAUAUCGGACAGGCUUCGGUGACCUAAGGAAUGGAGAAUUCUGGCUUGGUAAUGACCACAUUCAUCUUCUGACUCGACACAGAGAUAUGAUCCUCAGGGUGGAGCUGGAGGACUUCAGCGGCUUGAGGGGGUAUGCAGAGUACAAGGUUUUCCGCGUGGCUGGUGAGCGGUUACGCUACCGCCUGUUUGUGGGUGGGUACUCUGGCACGGCAGGAGAUGCACUCCAAUUCAGCAAAAGUUAUAACCACAACAACAGAUUUUUCACAACUCCCGACAGGGACCAUGAUCGCUACCCCUCUGGGAACUGUGGUGCUUAUUAUGGCUCAGGCUGGUGGUUUGAUGCCUGCAUGGCCGCCAACCUCAACGGCAGAUAUUAUGUGGGAAAGUACAAAGGGGUGAGGAAUGGAAUCUACUGGGGGACAUGGCAUAACAUAUCCACAGAAUACUAUCUGACUAAUGACAGACAAUCUUUCAAGACUGUAAGGAUGAUGAUCAGGCCAAGGAACUAUGCAAAAUGAGCAAGAUGGCCAAUGGGCGCAGAACAAAUUGUAUAUGCCACACCCAUUCCUAACCAUAUAUCACUAUGUGCCAGCUAUGACUGAAAACCCUACAUGACAAGUAUAUGCCAUAUAUUGUGUUUUCCAGGCAGGUCAUAGGUAAGAGUAGAAAUAGAAAAAAGAGCUAAGUUUUACUGUUCAGACCAGAGUCCUGCCUACAUAAAGGUUAUGGAAAUAUGCUAUUUCAUUUAUGGUGGUUCCGGUAGCCCUAUACAGAUACACAUGAUGUCUGAAAAUUACGUAUUUUGCACUGUUGAGAGUUUAAUGAAAACAAAUGGAUUUGGUUCAGCCAGAUGUCCUUAUCAUUUUUAUGAGACCUUUCAUGCAGCCAUUUACAGCUAGUUUGUGCUUGUGGCUAGACAACUUUGCUGCUGAGGUGUUGGAAUUUGAAAGAGAGAGAGGGUAGGCUACAGAAUCACAACAUUUUAUAUGAGUAAUUGUUUGUUUGAAUACAACAUUAGAGGAUAUAAUAACAUAGUUGUUAAGUUUCUCUGAAUCUCGUUUCUCUGAAUCUAGUGUAAUUAAGCUGUCACACUGAUGUGUUAUUGGCAUUGGCUAUAAUAUCUAAGUACUUUUCUCUCCUUACUGCAGAACACCAUUGUUCUUAAGGUGUGAGCAUAUGUCUCACACUGUACCAUGUGUUUUUACAGUAUCACGUAACUACCAGAGUACACUCUCUGCCCACUGUGUGCAUUUUUCCUUAUUUUGGCUCUAUACACUUAUUGAAGGAUAUUUGUGUUCACAUUGGUUUUGCCAUUUAGAAAAAUGACAACACUUUUUAUACAAAGUGCCUCUAUUUCAGGGAACCAAAGUUAUUGGGACAGUUGGCUUGACAGAUUUUCAGUUUAGUGAAGUGCAAUUCAUCACAUAAUUUGCGCAGGCAUAAGAGAGCAUUCAAUGUCCAAUAUUGAUUUGAGGCUUACAAACGUAGUCAAAACAAUUAGGCUUACCAACAAAAAAUAAAUAAAUAGGAAAAUGAUUUAGAAGUAGGAAAAAAACUUUCCAGGAGGUAUGUAUGGAUGUGUCUGCCACUGCCAUUUCAUAUUAUGUGAUUUUAUAAUGGCUGUUGUUUAACAAGCAGUUUGAAUAUAUUGAAUUGUAUUUACUCUUUCAUUGGGAGAUAUUGAAUUCUUUAAUAUUGUGAGUGGGCCUAAACGAACCUCCACUGUUUUUGAACUAUUGAUUGGAGAUCACUAUUUAGAAAAAUGUUUGCCCUCUUACAGAAUGGAGAAAUACUGUCUUUAGGCUUGUAAUAUUUUUUGUUCUAAUAAUUAUUUUAAUUGUACUGAAAUGAUUUACUAAUGAUUGACUGUUUUAUUGUUCUUUUUUAAUUCUCAGUAUUCUGAAAUUGUAUAAAGUCAAUAAAACUUAAUUUACUUAA